GUAGCUGACACCAGCGCAUGCGUGUUUGGUCCUAGUUACUCCCUUUCCCCUUUCCCAGUAACCAUGGCUUUCACACUGUACUCACUGCUCCAGGCCGCGCUGCUCUGUGUUAAUGCUGUCGCUGUGCUGCAUGAAGAACGCUUCCUCAACAAGAUUGGCUGGGGAACAGACCAGAGCAUUGGUGGUUUUGGAGAAGAGCCAGGGAUUAAAUCACAGCUUGUAAAUCUAAUACGAUCCGUACGAAUGGUGAUGAGAUUGCCGUUGAUAGUAUUGAACUCCAUAACAAUUGUACUCUUGUUACUUUUUGGAUGAAGAAAUGCAAAAGAAUGUCAACACUUUCCUCUGUGGUGAUAAGAUAACAUGGGAUUUUUUUACACAAGUAGAAAAUUACAGCACAUUUUACUGUUUAACUUCAUGAUCUCCUUUGAAGUUCCUUUGAACUGUAGUAAAGACAAACUUGUGGCAUUGCAUAAUUCAGACUUUUGUAGACAUAAAUAAAAGAAAAUGGGAUCAAUGCAAAAAA